GGCACUGGCUACUGGCACGGCACGGCAACGGACCCGAAAUCUUUCUUCGAUCCAGCUGUGAACGGUGCGGUGUCCACUCCCUCCGGCGCCGCCUCCCUCCGGAUCCACCGCUCUCUGGUUUCCACACGCGGUCGCCCGCCUCCUCGCCUCCACAAGCCUACGCCGCCGCCCUCGCCUCUUUGCCGUCGCCCCGCUCGCCUGCUCCGCCACCGGCCCGACCAGCCUCGCUUCCUCCCUCUGCCUCUCCCUCCCAACUCCCGCCGCCGAAGCGCGCAGCUCCGCCAGCCCCGACGCGGCUCUGCCGGCUGCCGCGCCAUCCCUCCGCCGGCUCCCACGCGCACCUCCUCGACUGCGCGAAGCCUCCGCGCCGCCGCCGCCAGGGCCGCCUCCUCCGCGACCGCGCGCCGCCCCUCUCCACCUCCUCUGCGGCCGCGCCACCUCCUCUCUGCUACAUCGACCAACAGCUCAGGAAGCAACGAGCGUUCCAGCGGUAUGACAUGAUCCCACAGAACGCUUUGAGAGUAGCAGAGGAAGGAGGAACGAGGAAGGGUUUAUAGUUUGGAUUAUAUGAUUGGAUGAUCGGAUGGUUAGUAGUUUGGAUUGGAAGAUUGGAUCACAUCGCGUAGUCCACCUCUCCUCUCCAGUUUCCACGAGAAAAAAAGUACUGGCAUAUUAAUUUCAGAUUUUUAGUACCACUUAUGUCAUUAACAUUAGCAAUGGUAAAUUCCUCUUAUUUUGUUAACGUAUCUCUCAACAUGCUUAUUUAUAUUUAUUUGCUGCAGAACAUAUUAAAUCUUUGCUUAAUUUUGAAUUGUUCGCUGUAAAUUAGAACUUAUAUGUGCAUAUACAUGUAGUCAUGUAUCAAAUCCGCCGUUCAGUCAUUCAGUGCUCUGUUCAAGUGUGGAUCCUCUUUCCCACCAAGUCAAGGUUUGUGAAUUCGGGAGUGCUAGAAUCUUGAUCUUCCACAAGAGAAUGUCUCCAGAAGCAAUGGAUAGGCUUCUAGAAAAAGAUAAAGUGCCAAACCCAUGCUAUAGAGUAUAGACUGAGUUUCAACAUUGGAAGGCUCAACUAAAUAUACCAGUUCCGGAUACACACUACAGGACAAAGGUGCACAGCACCCGAUAGCGCGCUGCCUUUUUUAGUGUAGAACUAGAAAACCAACGCACAACACAAACCAGAGAGUUCUCCAUGGACGUCGGUGGCGGCGCCACCGGCACACGCUGCCGAGACCCCACCGCUGACCCCUCGUCCCAGUUCUUCGUUGACGCUGGCCAUCCAUACGCAGUCGCUGCAGCCACUGCGCUCACCUCCCACCGCACCAAGUCCAAGUGGUCCCACCUCUCUUCGGUCCCCGUCCCCUCCCCCUUCCUGGCCUCCGCCGCCGCCGGCGUGCUCCUCCUCCUCCGCCACCGACCGCACACCGUGCUCCGCUUCCAUGCCUUCGCCAUCCGCCGCCUCCUUCCCUCCCGCUCCCCUCCCCCUCUCGUCUUCUCUGCCGCCGCAGCCCACGUCGCGGCGGCCUCCCGCCUUCGGGGCCCUGCCCUCUCCAUCCUUGCCUCUGCCUCCCGCCACUGCUCACCGGCCCAGAUCUUCAAUGCCCUCGCUGCCACCUACCGCUGCUUUGCCUCCGCCCCAUUCAUCUUCGACCUCCUCCUCCUCGCCUACCUUCGCUCCCGCCGCGACGUCCUCGCUGCGGCCUCCGUCGCCCGCCGCAUCCUCGCUGCCGGCGCACGGCCGCUCCCCUCCACUGCGGCAGCUCUUCUUCGUUCACUCCCUUCCGCCACCGCGGCCCUCGACAUGUAUCAUCAAAUCUACACGCAUCCAAGUCCACGGAGCAAUCACCUCCUCCUGCCGACUGUUCACACCUUCAAUUCCCUCCUCCUUGCUUUCCACCGCGAAGGCAAGUGUGAUGAAUUCAAGAUUGUGCUCCAGGAAAUGGACAAAUAUUCCUGCAAGCACAACGUGUGCACCUACAGCAUCAGGAUGUCUGGGUACUGCAAUGGCGGGCAUGUGGAUAAGGCGCGAACACUAUGGGAUGAGAUGAUUCAGGAAGGGAUCCAGCCUGAUAUAACUGCGUACAACACAAUGAUUAGUGGGUAUUGCCAUUCUGGGGAGGUAGGGGUGGCAGAGGAGAUGUUUAAAAAUAUGUUGAUGGGUGGGAUUGAUUCAAGUGCCACGACGUUCGAAUGGUUGGUCAGAGGGCAUUGUAUGGCACGGGAUGUCGAGGCAGCAAUGCUUGUGCGUGCAGACAUGAAAAGGAAGGGGUUUGGGUUGGCGCCAGAGGUUGUUGAGGAAUUGCUGGAUGGAUUAUGUCAAAAUGGGAGGGUUGAGGAUGGCUUGAGUGUUUUGCGAGAGGAGAUGAAGAGGGAAGAAUUUGUGCCAACCCGGAGGAGUUACGAGGUGUUGAUUAUGGGGUUUUGUGAUGGAGGGAAGGUGGAGGUGGCAAUCAGACUCCAAGCAGAGAUGGCUGGAAAAGGAUUCACUGCUGGCAGCGAGGUGUACUAUGCAUUUAUUAGUGCUUAUGAGAAGUCUGAAAAUUAUGAGAUGGUCGAGAAGUUGAGGAAGGAAAUGUCGGCGAUGGGCACUUAGAGCAUGUCUAGCAGCUCACCAAUAAUUCAUCCCUAAUAAAAUGGUAUUGGUGGUCACCAAUAGUGCUUUUUUUGGAAUAUUGGGGAGACUCUAUAGUAGAUUACCAAUAAUCUUUCCCAAUACAUGGGACCCACAUGUCAGAAUAGAGGAUGUGGGAGGAAGAAGAUGACGACAGUUGUUGUGGUCCCAACACCUAUAGAGGGAGAUGCAACUCCCCUUUUAUUUGAGGGGAGAUGGGAGAUUUGUUUUGGUGACCACCAAAAAAAGGGAGAGCUAUUGGGGAGCUGUUGGAGCAAUGGAAUUGCCUCAUCUCCCCCAAUAUGACAGUUUUAUGGGGAUGAGGGAUGGUAUUGGAGAGCUACUGGAUGCUCUAUCGGAUCUGAUAUUUGGCUUGGAUAUUGCACAGUGAUGCAUGGAUAUCAACCUCACCUUAUUGCAGUUGAGAACUAUGGUGAGAGGUGUGUAAAGCUUGUUUGCUUCAAACCGAUGGUAACAACUGGUAUGGAAACAUCAUGUUAGAGCAGGCAUUAGUUCCAUAUUCCACUCAGUCACAUUCAUCUAAAUGUAAGCGUCUAUUGUAGUUAUGUAGUUGGCAUGAAUAUUUAUACCUGUAAAUUAUGAUUCAUAGAUGAUGAACAAUCACUUAAACAAUAUAAGUCUGGUGCCAAAUGCUAUUUCAGAUGAUACCUAAAUGUUACAGCACAUAGUUUUGAUACAUGCAGGGUAUCCUUAGAAAAGCAAGUAAAUUAUGUAAUAGUUGAAAGAUAAUUCUCAAUAUCAUAUGUCAGAUGUUCUUUCUGGUUCACUUCUCUAUCUGGUUCACAAUUCAUUCCAGAGUGGUGCAACAAAUUCUGAAUUGGUUGAAGGAGUUCUCUCCUAGCACUAUCCUGGAGACGGAUGUUGGAGAAAUAUGACUGCUGGAUCUGCAAUAGGAUAAUGUCUUUUAGUCGAUCCCUUUUGUGCUUGUUUGGUGAACUUGUGUCCCCAAUCUGUUGAACUCUGUAAACAUUUGCUUUCCAUAAAAGCAGAGAUAUUCUCCUUAAAAACUCAGUCCAGAAUGGUGAUAUAUGAAUGAUCCCUGAGAGUUUAUAAGGUACAACCGUACAAGUCCAGGUGCUAGAGACUUCUCAAUUUGCUGGAAAAUGCUGUAGUAUUUUGUGUUGACUUGCUGUUUGAUAUAUGCUCAGUACCUCACUGUAAAA